AUGUCUUCUACUGAUUCUAAAGUAGAUAAAACAAGAAAAGGUAAAGGCAAAGACUAUUUAUCGCCCGGAUCAUCACUAAGUUUGAGUAGCUCCAAACAUUGGGCAGGAUCUGGUUUCAGCAUUCCCCACGAUAGUGUACUAGAUAUAUCUGAAAUACCGCCACUUCCUGCAGAAAUUGAUAUUGUUCAAGUACCAUGGUGGACGUCGAAGCGGUUUCAAUUAUCCAUCAUAUGCUUCUUCGGAAGUCUUGUCGCGCAAGCCACGAGAGUGUGUCUAUCCAUAGCAAUUGUUUCCAUGGUAGCUGAUCCCAGACAAUCAUCUCAAAGUGUAAACACUACCAACUCUAUCAAUUACACGAUUAUAGAACCACAUCACACACCAGAAGGUAGAUAUUGCCCAGAUGUGGAGAAGGUGGACAAUAUAGCUGGUGAACUCCAUUGGAAUAAAAAGUUACAAGGGUUGAUUUUAGGAUCGUUCUUUUGGGGUUAUCUUUUACUACAGUUGUUCACUGGCUGGCUGAGUGCAAGAUUUGGAGCGAAGCGGGUCAUUGGAUUGUCAUUUAUUGGUAUAGUCUUGGCAACCAUGCUCAGUCCUGUCUCAGCUAGGAUUGGUCCAUACCUUUUUAUGGCAGUUAGAAUUCUGUUGGGAAUUUUUCAGUGUACCUACUACCCAUCAAUGCAGACAUUGUGGACAAACUGGUCACCGCCUCAUGAACGCAGUCGACUUUUAGGAAUUGCUUACGCAGGCAAUGCUUUAGGGAAUGCAGUUGUGUUACCAUUAGGUGGUAUAUUAUCUCGUUACGGGUUUGAUGGAGGCUGGCCCUCUGUAUUUUAUGUUAUAGGGAUGUUCAGUGCAAUUUGGACCUGUAUUUGGUUAAUAUUUUGUUAUGAUUUUCCCAGUAAUCAUCCAACUAUAUCAACAGAAGAGAAAAAAUAUAUAGAAUUUUAUUUAGGAAUACAAGAUACAGCUACAAAGAGGAAAAACCCAGUGCCUUUUGCAGCCAUUAUCAGAUCAAAAGCUGUAUAUAGUAUUAUAGUUGCUCAUUUUUGUGCCAAUUUUGGAAAUUAUUUAUUUACUACUCAACUACCAACUUAUUACAAAGAUGUUUUAAAGUUAAAAACAGAAACGAACGGAUUUUAUUCAAUGUUACCUUACCUAGUUCUGUGGAUUUUGAUGCUAUUUGCUGGAUUUUUAGCUGAUUUCAUUAUAAUGAAGAACAUGUUGUCCAUACUGAACACUCGAAAACUUAUGACAUACAUUGGAAUGGUAGGACCUGGUUUGCUGUUAAUUGGGUUAGGUUAUAUGGAAUGUGAUCAACACGCAGAAGCUAUAACUAUGGUAACCCUUACAAUCGGGUUAUGUGCCUUUCAUAUGAGUGGAUUCUUUGUGAACAUGUCAGAUAUAACACCUGCAUAUGCUGGAACUAUUAUGAGCAUCUCUAAUACGUUUGCCACUUCACCUGGAAUUAUAGCACCAUACAUAGCCGGCGUGCUAACAACCAAUGGUACACGAUCUGAAUGGCAGAUGACAUAUUAUGUUUCUGCAGGAGUUUUAAUGGCCGGAUCACUAUUUUACGGUCUACUGGCUGAGGGCGAAGUCCAGUCAUGGGGCCAUGUACAUCAUAUAAGAGAAGAAGAAAUUGGUCUCGCAGUUGAUGAUACGACUGUUAAGCAUGAUGCUAAAAGUAUCAACAAACUUUCUACAGACAAUAUUGCGUGA